GAUCCAAGUGUCAAGAUGGUGAAGAUCUUCGUGGGCAACCUGUCGCGCUACUGCAGCCCGAGCGAGCUGCGCAGCAUGUUCGAGAAGUACGGCGAGGUGAUGUUCCUUGGAACAUGCUUAGAAACAUGAACAAGACAAUGACUGAGAAAGGGAAGGGAACUUUAAAGCCUCAUCAAACUGCAACAACUCUCUUUUCUGCAGAAACAAAAGUUGACACUACCUAGCUAAGGAAUGAAAGAUUUGGACAGGUGACCCAUGGUUCAGUUCAAGUGCCCAGCGGUGAAGACCCUGCUCACCCUGCCACUGGAGAUCCUGCACUACAACCUGACCAAAACCUUCCAGUUAAACCACGGUACAAAGUAACUCGAUCUCCUGGCAGUCUGAGACAGCAGAGGUGAAAAUCUGCUCAACGCAUUGUGGUAAGAUGUUCUGAAACUUGCUGGCAGUUUAUUUCAGCUAAGGUGAGAUUACAGUCCCACGCAUGUGGCUUUGGAUGGUCCACUUGAGUUAAAUGCUGCUUUACCACAGAUUUCUGCUUUUAAUUUACCUGUGGUAGCUUUAGACAGUUGUAGGUCACGUUUUCCUUUUUUUCUUUAUGGAUACCCUUUUGGGAUUUGCGUGUUGCCAGCAUGUCAAAGGGGGACCUGAUGGACCUUUUGAGGAGGCAAAAGAGAGGUUCUGCUCACCUUUACAGGCGGGUGGUCACAAUCCUGAUAUACUCGGAGGAGGCAGUUCGAGCCCCAGUCAACGUUGUGCCUCCAACCAGUGCUAGCAAAGAACAGUUUUAACUUUUUGUUCACUUUUUGCACUUGCUGUGCACAGAAUAGCUGCUGCCUGAGGGAUGCUUUGAAAUUGCCAAUGGACGUUGGACGCUGUACGAAUGCAACUUUUUUAAAUCAACGCUGGAUUGUAGAUGUAUGUGACAGCAGCUCCAGAUGUGGGCGUUAAGAAUAAGGUAGCUGCAAAGCACCUACCCCAGGGCAUUUAAGAUGGGAAAGAAGCGCUGGGCCAGCCCACGACAAGCACAUUUCACGAACAAAACUGAAACAACUGGUUAAUGUUUCACUGAUGCUGAGCUGAUUGAGAGUUAAACGUCAGCCAGAACCUGAGACUGAUCUCUCCGUAAGCCCACCUGAUCUCUGUCCUCUCUCCACCUCUUCUGCAGGUCACACCCUGGGAUCAGUUACAGCUAUCUGAGAGUGCAGCUGGAGCCUCCGUUUGUGAAGCUUACCGUAAAGGCAGCAUGCGAACAUUGGCACUUUCAUUAGCUCCCUCAGAUUGUUAGCCUGGAUAAUGGGCUCACUGCCUUUAGUCUGGCCUGGAGCACAAAACAGACGUCUUUGGUGUGUCAGAGAAUUAAAGGAAAUGGGGAACUGGUGGGAAAGUGGGAGCUGAGGCUAAAGAUCAGCUGUGAUUGUAUUGAAUGGUAAAGCAAACUUGACAGGCUACAUAAUCUAGUCUUCCUGCUUCUUGUGCUCUUGCUUUAGGUUCUGAUGUUGUUUUGAACUACAAGAGGUGCAGCCACUGAGGCUACUGUGUAGCUUUCCUUGCAGUGAGUACACUUCACUGUCACUUAAUCAGCACACUGCGAUGUUCGGCCAUCGUGCAUGCUUGUAGUACCCCCAUUUUUCUUGCCCUAUGACAAACAUCCUUUACAAAGAACUAUUCAGUCACCCAUUAAUCUGUGUUUCCUGGACAGAUGAUCUGUGCUGUCACUGGAGGAGCAACAUAGUGUUAAAAUAUUUAUAGUUGAGAGACUGAAUAAUUAGGGAGUGGGAGUGAUUAAUUAACUUACAUUUUUAUACACUUGCUGUGCUGCGCAUCACAACUUGCACUUCAACUGAUCUCAUCCUUUUGAUACAUCUGAAUGGGUCCAACUGUUUGGAGUGGCUCAGAAUUCACCGGUAUGCAGGUAACAAUAGUUGACUGGGAGCUUACAGUGCGAGCUGAGUUGUAUUGAAAUGUAUUUUUGAGUCUGCUGUGGAGGUACAGUUCAGUGUUGUGUGGGUCCCAUGUUCCUUGCGUUCCAGAGCAGAGUACAGAGUCUCAUUAAAUAAAUUGGGAGGAAUCUGGGGUAGGGCCUGAGGUAGCAGUAGUGCCUGUUGUGAGAACAGAAUUUUGGGCAUUUCAUCUUUCUCUUGUAGGAUUGCACAUUUGUUGCCAAUGCCCAAUUGUCCUUGAACUGAGUGGCCUGCCUAGAUUAUUUCAGAGUACAGUUAACCCAUUGUUUUGGGUUUGAAAUAGCAUGUAGGACAGACUGGGUGUGGAUGACAGAUUUCCUUCCCUAAAGAACACUUGUGAAGCAGAUGGGUAUCACAACAAUGGAUAAUGGUUGGUUGAGUGGCUUUUAGUAAGUGAAUUUGAAUUCUGCCAGCUGCAGUAAUGGGAUUUUGAACCCAUAUCUCUAUUAGUCUGGCCAUCUGGAUUACUAGACCGAUGACAUUACCACUAUAUUUCUCUCUACCCCCCACCACCUUACUUCCUAUAGGACUCUCCUUCAAUCUGUACAUGAAAAUAAAUGUGCACUGUUUUGCCACAUCAGUACAUCAUCCCAACUUGACUGCAGCAAGUUGUAAAAUUGAGUGCAAUGAAUUUAUUUAAGUUUUAUUUAAUAAGAGGUGGUCUCAUAAUGCCCUUGGAACAGCUAGACAUGGAAACAAAUACUAUCCCGUCAGCUCCAUCCCAAAAAAAAGAACAGAGGGGUAAAUAACACGUUACUGUCUUCUGCAUGCUAAAAUUUCAGACCACAGUGAACAGUUGACUUUGCAACUUUGUUCAAAGACUUGACUUUGCACUUGUUCAUUGCUGAGGAGGGCGGCUUACAAUGGACAAUCCCACGAAGCUGCGGGGAGCAGAGCACUCCCCAAAAGAAUGGGUUGCUGGGACACCAUGCUGGUCAUGUUCUUGUGGUGGUGGUUCUGGGGAGAUGUGUUGGCACUUUGACUGCUGCUGCUGUCAAUGCCUUAUUAAACCUGGAGCCUGUUUUGCCUUAAAACACUGCUCCUAAAAGUAACUUGUAGCAAUCUACUCUGAGGCCAAAUGGAGUGCUGAACAGUGGUGGAAUAAAACUUUGGUAACCCUGAGAAUGAGCUGUUCUGAGGCAGGUGAGUGGGAUUAUUUGACACCAGGUUAGUGGUAGGGGGCAUACAUAUUAAAACUGGCUUCUUUGAAGGACAUUUGUGAACUCUGCUGUUGCAAACAGAGUACCAUCAGGAAGGGAAUUUAGUUUAGUUUUGUAUCCUGCCUCUGAAAGUGUCUUAUUACUUCAUACACUCUGCUCUUGUGCUUUCUUGUUUCUCCUCUCUUCCUCCCUCCCCAGGAGCCUGUUAACCUGGUAGAGUUACAACUGUUGGAUACGGACUUAAAUGCAGUGGCUGGUUCACCUCUGCUCCCCCACCCCACACCCACCAGUAGGAAAAGACAGACACCAUUGUGUUACCGUCCCUGCUCUUCCUUAACUCAUGGCCAGUGGGCUGGACAACGCCGGCAAGACCACCAUCCUUAAGAAGUUCAACGGAGAGGAUAUUGAUACCAUCUCGCCCACACUGGGAUUCAACAUUAAGACCUUGGAGCACAGAAAUUUCAAACUCAAUAUCUGGGACGUGGGAGGUCAGAAAUCACUGCGAUCGUACUGGAGGAACUACUUUGAGAGCACGGAUGGUCUAAUCUGGGUGGUGGACAGUGCCGAUCGGUUGCGACUGGAUGACUGCAGAAGGGAGCUCUCCGUCCUACUGCAGGAAGAGCGUCUGGCUGGAGCUACUCUCUUGGUGUUCGCCAACAAGCAGGAUCUACCUGGAGCACUGACCUCAGAUGCCAUUAAAGAUGCCUUGGACCUUGACAGUAUUAAGACCCACCACUGGUGUAUUCGAGACUGCAGCGCAGUGACCGGGGAGAACUUGCUGGUUGGAAUCGACUGGUUGAUGGACGACAUAUCCUGCCGAAUAUUUACUGCAGACUGAUACCACCACCAACACCCCCCCCACAGGCCCGCCUCUCCUCCCCCUGUCACUACAGCAGCAGCCCCACCUAUCACAAUGUAACUGUCACACGGGCUAUCUGAUCCCCACUCUGUUUGGUUUGUAUUUUUGAGAGGCGGGAGAGCACUGGAGUGUGUACGCGAAGUUUGAGCAUGGUGGCAAACCUCCUGAACGUCUGGAGCAGAGAAAUGCUGGGUCCUGCGUCUUCAUCUGGGAAAAUGUUCACUUUGUUAAAAUGUACGUCUUUUCUGAUGGACAUGGGGACACAGUUCUGGAUUGCUUCCUUUACAAACUCUGAUGACUAUUGUGUUGAAGAUGGUCAUUUUCACCUUUUGAGCAGUGUUCAGGGUGCUUCUACCGAUGUGAUAGGACCAUCUCUCCCUCAUUGUUCACCCUCCUUUUUUCUAGCUGUUUCUAUCCCUCUCUCGCCCCCUUCUCCCCUCUGCUUCCCCAUCUGCCACUUCAUUUCUCCCACUGACUCCCUCUCCUCUCUCUCCUUUCUUCUUCCUGUCGUAUACCCACCCCCCACCUCCUUCUACUCCCUGUCGCUUAUCUCACCCCUCCUUCCUCUUCAACCCCAUUCCCUUUAUCUCCCUGCCCCAUCGCUUUGUACACGGGUGUGGUUAUUUGUGCCACGCGACACAAGCUGUGGACUUGCCCAGGGUGCUUCCUGUUGGCGUUUUGCUGCUUGUUUGUGUUUUGAGCCCAGUUUCCACUGCAACUGUUGGGAGGCCUGAGCCCACCAGGCGGUGGUGGUUAGGAUGUGGGAAAUGCACUGAUGACUUUGUUCGUAUUGUCUUGCUGGUUCAUUCUUGUUUAAAUUAUUUUACAGUGCAGAACAUUACAUUUAAAGAAAAACA